AUGAGCUCUACACCUCUUGACGAACAAGUCCCCUCACCGGGCCAAUGGCCUGUGGACCCCCAGGAGGACCAGCCCAUCUCUGAAGAUAAGAUUUGGGUCGACGGCUGCUUCGACUUCACCCACCACGGUCAUGCUGGCGCCAUGCUGCAGGCUCGCCGCCUUGGCAAGGAGCUUUACGUGGGCAUUCAUUCCGAUCAAGCCAUUUUAGAAAAUAAGGGUCCAACGGUCAUGUCUUUGGACGAACGUGUCUCUGCAGUUGAUGCUUGUCGCUGGGCCACUCAGAGCGUCCCGCACGCUCCUUACGUGACAUACUUGCCUUGGGUUUCGCAUUACGGCUGCAAGUACGUUGUCCACGGUGACGACAUCACCUCCGAUAGCGAUGGCAACGACUGCUACCGAUUCGUCAAGGCCGCUGGCCGCUUCAAGGUCGUCAAGCGUACCCCUGGUAUCUCUACAACCGACCUGGUCGGCCGCAUGCUGCUCUGCACCAAGAACCACUUCGUCAAGUCUGUUAAGAACACUCUGUCCGGAGAGGAGGGAUCAGGAAGCCCCGAGGAGCGCAAGGCGACUGCCACGGAACUUCUGCAGAGAAUCACCGACUAUGCGACUGACGAGAGCGGCCUGCAACCCGGUCCUCAGGUCUGGACCUGGACCGGCUCGGGCACCGCGAAGAUCGACGACCACAUCGAGGAAGCCGGUAAAUACGAGACUUUGGUCAAUGGAAAAGGGCCCAAGCCUGGUCAACGGGUCGUCUACGUCGAUGGAGGGUUCGAUCUCUUCUCGUCAGGUCACAUUGAAUUCCUCCGCAAGGCCAUGGAGUACGAAGAGGCCGAAGGACGUGCACGAGGCUGGUACGAGCCCGAGCAGAAGGAGAAGAGGAUCCAGGAGCACGGCGAGGACUAUGCGCCGGCCUACAUUGUCGCGGGUAUUCAUGACGACGACGUGAUCAACCACUGGAAGGGCCUCAACUACCCGAUCAUGAACAUUUUCGAGCGCGGUCUCUGCGUUCUCCAGUGCAAGUACAUCCACGCUGUCGUUUUCUCCGCCCCCUUCGUCCCCAGCCAGCCUUACCUCGAGGCCAUGCCGUUCGGGGUGCCCAGUGUCGUCUACCACGGACCCACAACUUUCAUCCCCUUGACAUAUGACCCGUACACUGCCCCCAAGAAGAUGGGCAUCUUCCGUGAAGUCGACCAACAUGCCUUCCAGCAUGUCAACGCUGGCGAGAUUGUCGACCGUAUUCUCAAGAGCCGUGAGGCUUAUGAAGCCAGACAGCGUGCUAAGCUGCAGAAGGGCGUUGCUGAGGACUUGGUGAAAUCGCAGGAAAGCUCUGCUUAA